CGCUUCACUUGCUUUGCUUUCAUUUCUACUUCAUCUCGGAAACGGGGGUGAAGCGGAGAAAAUCUGCGCGAACGGAAUUCUGUUUAAUUCUUAAUCUGCGGAAACACCUUCCAAUUUAUUUCUUCAAGAUUUCGUUUUCUUUCUUCCUAAGAAUAUAUUGCCCCUUUUCAUUUUCUGACCUUUUUAAAAAAAAAAAAAUUCUUUGCAGGGUUUCUCUUGUUGUCGUUCUAGUUUGCCAAUUUGUUUGUUUCUUUAUUUUAAAUUUGCAGUUUUUUUUUUCUCUUUGAGCUAACAAAUGGAUGCAGGAUCUUUACGUUUUUCUUUCUCAUCCUCCACUGAGAAGGCUCAAUCAAGAUAUCGCCAACCCCUCGCCAGAGUUGGAUCCACCGUCUACAUCCCUUCUCUCCGCAAUACUUCUUCCAAUCCAUCUUCUUACUGGCAAAGCGGAGACAGGUUCAUACCAGAUAGAUCUGCAAUGGAUUUUGAUGCUGCGCACUACUUGUUAACGCAUGUCAGAAAGGAAAAGGAGAACAAUGAAGUUGUUUCACCUGCAAAAGAGGCCUAUCGUAAGCUGCUCGCUGAGACUUUACUGAAUAACAGAACCAGGAUAUUGUCAUUCAAUAGAAAGCCUCCAGUUCCCACUGAUUCAAUGCUCGCCGCUAUUUCUGAGGCUGCUACUUCCAACCAAUGCAAGAGUACCAAAAGCAAAAGAUACAUUCCACAGUCAGCAGAGAGGACGUUAGAUGCUCCAGAUCUGGUGGACGACUUCUAUUUGAAUCUGCUUGAUUGGGGAAGCAGAAAUGUCCUGUCUAUUGCUCUAGGCAACACGGUGUACUUGUGGAACGCUUCUCAAGGUUCUACUUCUGAGCUCGUCACCGUAGACGAUGAUUUGGGUCCGGUCACCAGUGUCUGCUGGGCUCCUGAUGGUCAGCACCUUGCCAUCGGACUGAACAACUCGGAAGUUCAACUCUGGGAUUCGAGCUCAGCUCGACUGUUGAGAACACUGAAAGAAAUCCAUAGAUCUCGCGUUGGAACUCUUGCAUGGAACAACAAUAUCCUCACGACUGGGGGAAUGGAUGGGAAAAUUGUGAACAAUGAUGUGAGGAUAAGAAAUCAUGAAGUGAACAGCUACAGAGGUCAUCAGCAAGAAGUUUGUGGAUUGAAAUGGUCUGCAUCUGGCAAACACCUGGCAAGUGGUGGCAACGAUAAUCUGCUUCAUAUAUGGGAUUUCUCUAUCGCCACAUCAUCUUCAUUUUCAUCUGCCGCAAAUCAGAACCAAUGGCUCCACAGAUUUGAGGGCCAUAAUGCAGCUGUGAAGGCUCUGGCUUGGUGUCCAUUUCAGAGUAAUCUGCUUGCUUCGGGUGGAGGUGGUACCGAUCGUUGUAUCAAGUUCUGGAACACUCUUACAGGGGCUUGCUUGAAUUCAGUGGACACGGGCUCACAGGUUUGUGCGCUGCUGUGGAACAAGAAUGAGCGUGAGCUACUGAGCUCUCAUGGGUUUACUCAGAACCAGCUCACAUUGUGGAAGUAUCCUUCCAUGGUGAAGGUUGCUGAGCUCUGUGGACAUACUUCUAGAGUUCUGUACAUGACUCAGAGCCCUGAUGGAUGCACGGUGGCGACGGCCGCUGGUGAUGAGACAUUGAGAUUUUGGAAUGUGUUUGGGAAUCCAGAAUUGGAUAAGCCUGCAGCUAAGACAAAAAGUGCAGAACCAUUUGCCAACUAUAGCCGCAUUAGAUGAGGAGAAUUUUAAAACGGAGGAGGGGAAGAAGAGGAACCACUUGGGAUUCUCAAUUGUGAUUUCUCAUUAUGAGAAUUUGGUGUUUGAUUACAAUGCCUCAAAAGCCUUCGGUUGAUUGAGAUGUAGAUGGAACCCAUCCUUAAGUUUCUUUAAAGAAUUCGCUCGUAUUGUGGGGAGUUUUAUGAAUUUGUAAAAAAGAUCAUCAAUGGAAUAAAUUGUAGCAGUAAUGACAGUAUUAUACUGUUAGGUGUGCAUUACUGGAAGCAACUUUUUGGGUGGUGCAGCUCAAGAUGUCUCCUUGAAUACGCGCCAGAUGCUGUAUCAUGCUCAAACCAUUGAGACUGCUGAAACAUAGAUUCUCAACAUGUGAACUCUCAUGGAGGUGAAAUAAGUAAAGCAGUUGCAACAAACUGGAGCUAAAAUGAAAUAAAAUGGAGGAAAAUGGAUCAUAGGAUUUAGCGCAUAGGCACCGCUCCCUCGCUCCUUGGUGGCUCCUAAUUGAUUUUCCCAACUGACUGAGCAAACUUUGAGCUAUUUCACUAGGAAGCAGAUAAUACGAGGGGGAAGCAUGGAGAAAAGAAA